AUGUCCUACGGUUAUCCAGGCAACGGCUACGGCGGCGGCGGAGGGUAUGGCUCCUACAAUGGUGGGGGUUACGGCGGAGGCUACGGAGGCCACCAGCCUCCUCCCGGGCCGCCCCCUGGUCAACGCGGCUACGGAGGCUACGGUGGAUACGCCCCUCCGGGCCCUCGACCGGACGAAUAUGAAUCUCCUGACGGACCCCCUCCCCCUCCUCGUCCAAGCUACGGUUACAAUCAAGCACCCCCUGACCCCCAUCCCGAUCGCGCCUAUACGCGUCAGUACGAUCCUCCCGACUAUCCUCCUCCCGUCGGCCUCGAUGUAUACGGCUACCCCAUCAACCGCGGAAAUCAUGGCAGGCCACAUAUGCCCACCGCCCACUCGAACUCGUGGACACAUGGAAACAGGAAUGCGCCUCCCCCGCCACCCUCGGGCUUCCAGCAGUUUGGCCACGGCGCCCCUGAGAGCUACGGCUUUCAAUACUCUGCUUGUACCGGCAAAAGAAAGGCGUUGCUCAUUGGCGUCAACUAUUUCGGCCAGGAUGGCGAGCUCCGCGGCUGUCUGAAUGAUGUUAAGAACAUCUCGGCCUUCCUUACGGAGAAGUAUGGCUACAAGAAGGAGGACAUGGUUAUUCUGACCGAUGAUCAGCAAAAUCCUGUCGGCCAACCCACGCGACACAACAUACUGCGUGCCAUGCACUGGCUCGUCCAGGGCGCUCGACCUAACGACUCGUUGUUUUUCCAUUUCUCUGGUCAUGGUGGGUAUACCGAGGACGAGGACGGCGACGAGGAAGACGGCUUGGACGAAGUCAUCUACCCCGUCGAUUUUAAGGAAGCCGGCCAUAUCGUGGAUGACGAGAUGCACGCUAUCAUGGUCCAACCCCUGCAGCCGGGUGUUCGCCUAACGGCCAUCUUCGACUCUUGCCACUCGGGAACUGCCCUUGACUUGCCCUACGUCUACUCGACCAAGGGUGUCCUGAAGGAGCCCAACUUGGCCAAAGAAGCGGGCGAGGGUCUCCUUAGCGCCGUCACGGCCUAUGCUACCGGAGAUAUGACUCGAGUCAUGUCCUCGAUCCUAGAUUUCGGCAAGAAGGCACUCAAGGGCGACAAGGCGUAUGAGUACACCAAAGCCACGAGGACUUCUCCCGCCGACGUCAUUAUGUGGUCCGGCAGCAAGGAUGAUCAGACAUCGGCGGAUGCCACUAUCGCGGACAAGGCCACAGGCGCCAUGUCGCACGCCUUCGUCACCGCGCUCCGGGACAAUCCACAGCAGAGCUACGUCGAACUUCUCAACAGCAUCAGAGACCUUCUGUCCGAGGGCGACUACUCCCAAUUGCCGCAGCUCUCGAGCAGUCACCCCAUAGGUAGGUUUCUUUCUGUCGAUUCUUCAACAACACAUCCACGCGGAGUGAAUCAGCCCUGGUCACUAACAGAAAUAUAUUACUAUCUAGACACCAACAUUUUGUUCGUGAUGUAG